GCCACUAAGCUGUGGUGGGUGACAGUUUGUUUCUGGCACUCUGGAGAAUAUCAAGUAGAAGGAGGAAAACAUAGCAGACAAACUACCUGGGGAGAAAUGGAGGCGGACUGCGUCUCAGAAUGUGAUGAAUCACUUGAUAUUUCUGUGGAAGAUGAAGAGGAGGAAGAGUAUGGAUCACAGGGUGAAGAAUUUAAUAACAGCAGUUUUAAAAAACAUAGCCAGAAUGAAGAGAUGAAAACCAAGUUGCCUAAUGCUAUGGAGGCUGUUCAAAGUGAAGAAAGUAGCUUAACAUGGGAGACCAAUUCAAGUAGAUGUUCCACAUCCCAUGCCUCAGAAGCCAGCAUUACAUCCGGGGUAUACAGUAUGGAAAACUCAUAUACAGAUUGUUCUCCAGGGAAAGUUACUUUCCUGAAGGAAGAGAGAAAGACUAUGCAGGAAAAACCGAGCAAUUCAACCCAUCAAAUGUUAAAUGAGAAGACAGAACCAGACAGCCAAGAAUGUGAUUUUCCUCAGAUGUCACUGCUGAAAAAAACUGAAGAAAGAGAAUUUGAUCCAUCUGAUCCACAAGCAUGGCCGGCUCAAGUACAACCUUCUAAGAUUAAAGACUAUUUGGUUCAAAUCACACAGGAAGUAGUGACUUCUGGGUCAGAGGAGAAAGAAAAUACUCUGAUGAAAAAAGGGGAACUGCCCCUCAAAGGAACAGUAAGAGCCAGGAUUCUUCAAAUCACUGCUGUAUUGGAAGAGAGACAUAAAAAGGUUUUCCGAAGGAUAAACAAUAAAGAUAUGCCUCCACCCUCAGAGAUCACCAGGAAGCCAAGAGAACCACCCAAAAUCUUCUCCAGACAAGGCAUAUCUUUAAGGCACAUUGAACAAAACACUGCAGAGAAGAAUAACAGGAAGGAAGUUCUGAGUUAUAAUCUCAGACAUGUAGAGACAAAAAGUUCAAAGUCUGCACUUUACAGUAAAGAGGAAAAGAAACCACAGCAUUUUUUUCUCCCUAAAAUACAAAAGCCUUCAGAAAAGCUACCAAAAAAAUCAGCAUACCUUAGUGAUAAAGCAAAGAAGCCAGCCACCAAACAAUAUUCACCUGAAAUUCAUACCUCACUUCCAGAACUGAUUCAACCAGCUGAGUCUGACAAAAUGGAAAAAAAAGAAAAACAGUCUCUUUCUCCAAAUACUUCAAAUACUGCACUGGAAGAAUCAUUUAACUUUGUUGGUGAAAAGAAGGAAAUUCAGGAUCAUAUACCAAUGACCUUGGAAUUUUAUGAUUUAUUAAAAGAAGUGAGGUCACCAUCAGAGAAUCAAGUAACUCAGCCUUGUUCCCCAGUUCCUGUGGAACUACUUCCUUAUGUUGAAACAGAAACAGAAAAUCAAUCUGACUCAGUGGGAAGAAUGUUAUCAGAAACUUCAAUUCAACAUGUAGAGCACCCUCAUAAUAUUAUAGCUACUCACUGUGAACCUGUAAGUUGUAACUUAACUGAAGUUAGAACUCAAUUUAUGGAAUCUACAAUUCCUUCAAGACUGGAGGUCAAAGGCACAUCCUUAGGGCAAUCUGUUGAAGAAGACAAGCAAGAGGUUUUUCUUCAUUCAACUGUAACCCCAGAUACUAACCUUGAGAAGGCAGAAUUACCCUCAUUUGUCAGAAAAACAGAAAAGCAAGAAAAAGAACAAUUAUCAGAGAAAUCUUCAGACAAAGAAAGAAUGCAGGAACAAUUUACUGUGCUUUUACAGAUAAAAUCAGGCCAGCCAUCCUUGUCUUUGGUUCAGGAGUCAGAAGCUCAAGAAACUGAAUCUGCAUCAGAUUUAACAGUUAUGAAUGCUGAACCUGAAGUGACCGAUUUAGCUGAAAUUAGAAAUCAAACUAUGGACUCCACAAUUCCUUCAGGAAUGGAAGUCAAUGGCACAUCCUUGGAGUUUUCAGUUGAAGAAACAGAGAAACAAGAGGUUCCUCUUUAUUCAACCGAAACCAAAGACACCAUCCCUGAAAAGGCAAGAUUACUAUCUUCUGUUAAAGAAGGAGAAAAGCAAGAAGAAGAACAGCUGGCAGGGCAAUAUUCAGAAAAAGAGCAGUUAGAGGACAAAAUAACUACACCUUUUGAAACAAAAUCAGACCGGCUAUCUUUGUUUGGUUGUCAAGACCCCAGGUCUGAAGCUCAUGAAACUGAGCCUGCAUCUCAUUUAGCAGCAAGGCAUGGUGAAUCUGAAACAUCUGAUUUAGCUGAAGUUAGAAAUCAAGGUAUGGACUCUGCAGUUCCUUCAGAAAUGGAAGUCAGUGGUACACCCUUACAGCAUUCAGUUGAAGAAGCAGAGAAGGAAGCAAUUACUCUUUUUUCAACUGAAACCAAAGAUGAAAUGGCAAGAUUACCAUCUUCUGUUAAAGAAAGAGAAAACCAAAAAGAACAGCUGGCAGGACAAUAUUCAGAAAAAGAAAGGUUACAGGACAAAUUAACUACACCUUUUGAAACAAAGUCAGACCAGCUACCUUUGUUUAGUUAUCAUGACCAUAAAUCCAAAGAUCAUGAAACUGAACCUAUAUCUGAUUUAGCAGCUAUAUGUGGUGAGCCUGAAGUGUCAGACAUAUUUGAAAUUAUAAAUCAAGCUAUAGAAUUCAAAAUUUCUUCACAAAUGGAAGUUGAAGGUGUGCCCUUGGAACGUUCUGCUGAAGAAGCCAAGAAGCAAGAAGUUCCUCCUUAUUCAACUGAAACCAAACAUGCCAUCUCUGAAAAGGCAAGAUUACCAUCUUCUGUUAAAGAAGGAGAAAAACAAGAAGAAGAACAGCUGGCAGGGCAAUAUUCAGAAAAAGAAAGGUUACAGAACAAAUUAACCACACCUUUUGAAACAAAGUCAGACCAGCUACCUUUCUUUGAUUGUCAAGGUCACAAGUCUGAAGCUCAUGAAAUUGAACCUGCAUCUCAUUUAGCAGCAAGGCACAGUGAACCUAAAGUAUCUGACUUAACUGAAAUUAGAAAUCAAACUAUGGAAUCCACAAUUCCUCCUCAAAUGGAAGUCAAAGAUGCGCCCUUAGAGCAUUCUUUUGGAGCAGAGGUUUCUUUUUAUUCAACUGAAACCAAAAGUGCCAUCCCUGAAAAAUCAAAAUCACCAUCUUCUGUCAAAGAAGCAGAAAAUGAAGAAAAAGAACAGCUGGCAGAGGAAUAUAAAGAAAAGAAACAGUUACAGAAUAAAUUAACUACACCUUUUGAAAGGAAAUCAGAACACAAAUCCAAAGUUCAUGAAUCUGAACCCACAUUUGAUUUAGCAACUAUGCAAGGUGAACCUGAAGUGUGUGAUUUAGCUGAAAUUAGAAAUCAAGCUAUGGAAUCUACAAUUCCUCUUCAAAUGGAAGUCAAAGAUGCACCCUUAGAGCAUUCUUUUGGAGCAGAGGUUUCUUUUUAUUCAACUGAAACCAAAAGUGCCAUCCCUGAAAAAUCAAAAUUACCAUCUUCUGUCAAAGAAGCAGAAAAUGAAGAAAAAGAACAGCUGGCAGAGGAAUAUAAAGAAAAGAAACAGUUACAGAAUAAAUUAACUACACCUUUUGAAAGGAAAUCAGAACACAAAUCCAAAGUUCAUGAAUCUGAACCCACAUUUGAUUUAGCAGCUAUGCAUGGUGAACCUGAAGUGUGUGAUUUAGCUGAAAUUAGAAAUCAAACUAUGGAAUCUACAAUUCCUUCAGAAAUGGAAGUCAGGGGUACACCCUUGGAGCAUUCUGUUGGAGAAACGGAAAGGCAAACAGUCCCUCUUUAUUUAACUGAAACCAAAGAGGCCAUCCCUGAAAAGGCAAGAUUUCCAUAUACUAUCAGAGAAGGAGAAAAGCAAGAAAUAGAACAGUUGUCAGAGGACUCUUCAAACAAAACAAGGGUGGAGGAUCAAUUCCAAAGAAAGUCAGGCUAUCUUCCCUUGGUCCACAAAUCAGAAUGUGAAGAAGCUGAACUUGCACCUGAUGUAGUUUCCACAACACAGGAAAUCUGUAAUACUAUUGAAGAACCCACUGGACUUUCAGAGUCUUCUUAUACUAUGGUUAAAGAAGAAGCCACAAAAGAAGAAAAAAUAAAAUCUGACUUGCCAAGGCAAGCUGCUCAGACUCGGCCAUCUCUGACCACUGUCUCAGAAGGAAACCAUGUAAGAGAUAAAACAGAGACUCAACUUGCCUCAGCAGAAUCUUUGUGUCCAGAUUCCACACUCUCAGUUUCAAACACACAGGAGGAAAUGGCUCAACAACAUUCUAUAACACCAGCACACUCAGAAUCAGAACAUCUUGUUAUCUCCAAAUCCAUAAAGGCACCACAUGGACCUGAAGAGAUAUCAAUUCUCAGUGACAAAGUUAUUGAACCUCUCAGCUCAUCGGAACAGUUGCUAUCUACUUCAUCUUUUCUCACUGCCAAUGUGGAAAUGCAUGGAACACAGCCACCCUCAUUAAAGAUUACUGCAUCAUUGUUUGAACAGCCAAACUCUAAUAUAUUCUGCCUGCCUCAGCAAAUGAAAAAACAAAGCAAUUGGUCUGAUUCCACUGAAUUAACUCCUUUGAUAGCAGAAGCACAAUUUUCUAUUGGGUCUUUCCAAAAUGCUGAAACAACAAAAGAAGAAAAUCUGUCCUUGUCAUCCACAGAGGUUCUAGCAAAAGAAUUAGUAUCUAAAUCAAGGGAGCCAGAAAUUGGCAUAGGUACAAAAACAGGGCAACUUUUCCCAACUGUAUCUGCACAGCACCCAGGUAAAGCACCUGUUCAAAUGCAAGAAUUGAAUUUAGAAAAUCAGCUGCAAUCCACUAUAAAAGUACAAUCAGAUUUUGAGAAACAAGAUAAAUACUCUUGUGAAAUAAGUGAAGAUCAAUUGAAACAAUCAUUGGAAUCUGAAUCAAGACAGCAUUUUAUACAGCAGAAUUCUACUGUUUCAUCCCAGCUGGAAGGAACAACUGCUUUGCAUUCUAUCAAUGAAAUGCAUAAGGAAAUUAUGCAACCCGAUAAACCUAUCAUCAAGCCAUUGCAACCUGAUUCAUUAUAUCCUGGUUUUGAGCCAUCACAGACAGAUGCUGUUCAGCAGCAAACUCUUCAGCAUUUAUCACAAACACUUCUACCCAUUGAAGUGGAUACAGUGCAGAUAGGAAAGGAAAAGGAGAUAAAUGGGAUCCAGCCUCCUUUGCCCACAACUAGGCAGGAUUUAUCUCAGUCAGUUUAUUCAAUGGAUUUGCAAGAAAAUCAAGAUAUUUCAGGAACUGCAGCCAAAGAUUCUGAAUUUUUAAGCAUGCAACUCAAUAAGGUUGAUGCAGAGCACUAUGGCACUGCUGGUCCAGAAUCAAAGCACCUGGCAAAAUAUGCUGUUGAACCUAUAACUGCACAGUUGGAGACUUCUUCCACAAAUGAGAUGCACUUCAUGUCUGAAUUGGGAAAACAUUUAGAUGCAUCCUUUCCCAUUUCAAGCACAGAAGGAGAAGGCCUUCAAAUGCCUAUAUUUGUGACAGCAGAAUCAGAAGAUGAACAGCCAAUAUCAAUUAAAAAAGUGAGGGAAGAAACUAAAUGUAAUGCACCCAUAAUUCCAACAUCCAAAUUAAAAGGUUCUGCUUCAGAAACACAGGGAAAUCAAAAUGAUUUGUCUGAGACAUUAAAUGAGGCAUCUGAAUCACCACCAUUAAUUUUAUCAUUUGUCCCUGAUAAAAUAAAGCCCCAGGCAAUACUUAUGGAGGCCAGAGUAAGUUCACUACCAGCCUCACAGCAAUCAAAUUCUAUUUCUUCAGAACAUAUUGACAGAAUUGAGAUAGGAAAAAAUAAUUUCCCUUUCCCUGAGUCUCAAGAUAUAUUGUUAGAUUUACCAUUCCUUACAACUUCCUCUUUAGAGGAGGUCAGCAAAGAACCACUGCAUUCAUCCAUGACCACAAAAACUGUGUCCGAGGAAUCCAAAUCUGAAGCUACAUCUGAAGAAAAAAACAAACAGUCUCCUAUUUCUGCAGCAUUGUCUGCAGAACAUGUUUUUAUUGAACAUAUUUCAUCUUGUGCUGCUUCUGAAAAAGAGAAACAAGUGCAGUCUCAUUCAAUUUUCAAUGAAGAACCAAUGGAUGUGGCUGCUAGGAAAGCAAAUAUGGAGGAUACUCGGUCUCAUUUGCUUGUUACUCCAUAUUCUGAAACCAGGAGCCAGGAUAGCAAACUAUAUAGCCCAGUGGCAUUGCAAUCAGAGCAGGAAAGUCUCACUUUAUUGAAUUCCACUGAAGAAAAACCCAAACAAGAAACCCUUUUAUAUUCAUCUUCCACCAUACCUCAAGAAAUAUUAUAUUACCAGGAAGAAAAAGAAGACCAAAAACCAAGUUCUCAGACUGAAUGUUCAAAAGACCAGGAUGCUCCAUUAAAAGAUGACAACUUGUUGCAAUCAGUAAAAGAAUCAGAGUUGGAAGAAAUUCAGCUUUAUUGUUCUGCAAAUGUUCAAGAUUCAUUCCAUUUGGCUGAUAUGAAUCUCCAAGAACAAGAGGAUCAUCUGCCUAAAACUGGAGAGGUAGAUUUUGGUGUUCCUGUAUUAUCACAGUUGAUGGAUGAUGCAGAAAAACAAGAAAUGCAGAUAACAUGGUCUGAAGCUGCUCAGAUGGAAGAUAAACCAUUUGUUUUGUCAGAAAAUGAAAUGAAACCCAACAGGUAUCCAUCAUUCACUGCAUCCCUAGAUACAAAACAGUUAGAUUUAUCUUAUUCAAAACAACCAGAACCAUAUUCAUUUGAGGGACAAAAUCAGACUUCUGAACAAGAACCACUCAUUUCAUCUCUUUUCACUAAGAAAGUGAAAGAGCUAGAAGAGAAUUCAUAUCCAUCUUUUGUCUUAACAUCUUUGUUGAGCCCAUCCAACUCUGUUACAUUGGAUCCAGAAAGGAAACAAGAAAAGCAGCCUUGUACAACUGUAAUAGCAAAGGAGAUGCCAGAAGAACCCAUGUCCAUUGCUUCAUUCCUUCUUUCUGAGGCAAAGACAAUAGAAAUGUUUUCCCCCCAGAUCUCAGAAAAAGAGAAUUUAGAUACUCAAGCUCCUUUUGGGGAUACUGACUCAAUAAAUGGUUCAACUGUCCUUCCUGAGAAAAAUGCAGUGGCAGAGAAGAAAACUGAGUUUUCUCCAACACAAUUUGAAUCAGAACCCCAGGUAGACAAAAUCAUUAGUACAGAACAUAUUUCAAAAGCAGAAGAAACAAAACAUUUGCCUACCAUGGAGGAUACUUUGAAAGUGCUUGAAAACUAUUUGAGUAAAGAGAAGGAAUUCAAAGAUCAAGAGAAAUUGAGAGAAGAAGCCAUACCAGCUCCUGAUCUUGAUCUAAGAAAAGACAUAGUUAAUAUUUCUGAAAGUUGUGAAGUUGUGAAAACUAAUGUUCCUCUCAUUUCCUCUGUUGAUAGAAAAAAGAUUAUACUAGAGGCAGUAGAAACCAUUUCAUUGUUGGAAACAAAAGCAUGUAAUAAUACUAGAAAUGUAGUUGUUGAUAAGGAACCUUCAGUUGACAAACCAAAUAAACAAUGUACAGAGGACUUAAAGGUAGAUCACCCUGAAAUGACAGCAAAUGAAUCAAAGGAACUUGAAAAAGAGAAAGGUAUUAAGGAAAGCACAGAAAUCAAAAAGAUUUCUGUUAUUCCAGAAAACAAGAAUGAUAAUAUUUUUAAUCAUGCCAAUAUUGAUUAUGUUGAAAAGGAAACUUUGAUUGAAAAUACAUCCUUCACCCAAACAGAAAAAGAAAAGUCUAUUCAGGACACAGAGAGACCAUUUGAUAAUAUAGAUAAACAAUAUGUGGAAGCGACAUAUCCAGUAGCAAAAUCAAAGAAUAUUUUGGAGUUGUCUUUAUUAGAAAGAGAAUUGAAUGAAGCCUCUAAUGGAAUGAUAGAAAAACAAAAUGCAACAGCUACCUAUCAAGACACUUCAAAAACAGCAAAUGAAAUUAAAAUGAUUGAAGCUGUUGGGGAUGAUGAUAACUUAGCAAACACUAAGGCAGUCUUAUUUAAUACUGAGAAAGAUGAAUUGUCUCAGUCUCCAACUGCUUCCUUGCCAAUGACUGUAGUAGACUCUGAGGUUCUAGAGAUGCCACCUGCCUUGGCAUUUUUAUGUAGAGAUUUCUAUGAAGAAGCAGUGGAUGAUUCUAAAAAAAGUAGUCACAAAUGUAAAGAAGUGAAGGAUAUUGAUCUGCCUUUUCAUAUCAGAGAUCAUAUUCCAGAUGAUGGGAUUGAAAUGCAUCUGGAGAAGGAAAUUCUUAGAGAUUACACUCCAAAUAAUGUGGAAGAAUCCAAGAAUGAAGACAUUUUAGAUGGUCAAUCUUUUAAAGAGGAAACUUUAACCCAACCAAAAGUCACAGAAGAUGCUUACGAACCAAAUGCAAAAAAGAAUGAGUCUGCAGAUAUUCAUCCUGAUCUAUCUGGCCAAGUGGAGGAAUGUCUGAAUGAUACACUUACAUAUGGGGUAACUGAGAUUGUGAGUGACAUAAAAAUUAGGAUUUGUCAGCCAACACAUGCAAUUCCUUUUGGAAGAGACUUCUAUAGCUCAGGAGCCAACAAUGAUGACAGUAGUCAGAGAAAUGAAGAAGAAUCCUUACCUGAUGACCCAGGUCAGCUGGUACCAGAAGAAACAAGUGAUGAAGAGUCCAGUCCAAUACUUGAUUAUGCAGCAACUGUAUAUCAGACUGAAUCAUCUGGGCAAGAUGGAUCAAAGAAUGAUGCUGGACAUGCAAUCAUUCAAAACCAACAGUCUGAAAUAAGAGAAGUUCCUGGAAUGGAUGAAGAUGUAGUUGUAAAGACUGCCAAAAAAAUGGCACAAUCUCAUGAAGGAUUAGGUCAGGCUGAGAAGCAAGGUGAAAGUCAACUAGAAGAUACGUAUGUUUUAGCUGAGUCCCCAAUACAAGAUACAUAUGUUUUAGAUCACAAAGAUCUUCCAUGUUGGGACAUUGAAGUGCAAAAAUCUGAGAGCAGAACUGGAGAAAAUAGUGGCCAGCAUCUAAUGCAGAAUGACACAGCAGACCAGUUAGCAGCAGAAGUAAAAUCUGAUAACCAAUUUGAGGAAGUUGACUAUUCUCUCUUGUCGCAUGAUUUUGAUACCUACCCAUUAUACUCAAUAAAAGAGGAAGAGGACAGUGACAUUGAAGAAGAUCUAGCUGAGCUCUUGAACUAUGAAAUGGUUACCCACGAGGAUGUCUUUCAGGAAGAAAUCUCUUCAGAAAUAGCUCGUGAAGAACUGCUUUUUGAUGAUAAAGAAUCCCUAGAUGGCAUUAGUGAUACUUAUGAAUUUGUGAAUGAAGGAGAGGCAAGAAUGUAUGCUGAAGAAAAGUCAGCUGAAUUGCUUGAUCUUGAAAUGCUACAAAGAAAUGUACCAGAAUAUGAAUUUCUACAGAAAGAAGUUGAUCAAGCACAUUUGGAUACAUACUGCUACCAGUGCAAAUGUCCCAUCUCCUCUGAGGAUAAGCUUUUUGAGGAGCAUAAAGACCAUAAUGUAGACGAUUUGGGUACAGCUGUGACUGUGUUAAAGGGCCAGUUGAAUGGAUUCCUAGAUAUUUUGCAACAAAGAUCUUUGAAAAUUGAAGAAUGUGUCAGUGAAAUAGAAGCUUUGUUUAAUACUCUAGAGGACAACUGUAAGGAAAAGGAGAAGUUAUUAGGAGAGCAAAAUGAAAAUGUGGUAAAGAUGGUAAUUGGUCACCAUGAGAGAAAGUUACAGAAUUUUGAAGAAACAAAGAAUACAAAAAUGGAAUAUCUUUAUGAACAGAUGGUUAAUUUUCAAGACUAUAUCGAUACAGCAAAGGAGACACUAGAAAUGAUAAUAAAAGAAACUGAAGAUAUUGAUGAUUUUGCUUUCCUAAAGUCAUCUGAAGAAAUAAAUAAAAGGUUACUUUCUGCUGUGGAAAAUAUUGUGGCUUUGGAAAAGAUGCCUGCUGCUUUCUCACAGUUUGAACCAUGUGCGAGUGGCUUUACAAAUAGUGACAGGACUUUACAACUCAUGCCUGGUAAGAAGUCCUUCAAACCAUUCCAUGAGAGUGUUAAGAAUGUAUCAAUGCCUUAA